CACACAUGCACUUCAUACAGAACAUUGCUGUCGUUACACUUCAGUGCGGAUCUUGAGUGGAAACGUCAACGAGAAAGAGAGGCGGUCCUUAGUAGAGACCUACAAAGUCUCUGGUAUAUCGUAGAAGUUUGGAUAACUCUCAUGCCGGUUCGUGCGGAACUAUGGAACUUCAAAAAAACGAGGAGCCCCCUCAACAUGCUGCCAACUUACUCGGGGCAGAGGGCGACAACCAAUGCAAACGUGCUGACAGUGCCCAAAAGACCCCGACAAACAAACGCAAUAUCCUAAUCUUGGUGGCGAUCCUGCUACUGCUACUAAGCAUCAUCCUUGCAACUGCAAUUGUCUUUGCCUUGAAGUCGUCUGCCUGUUGUAAAAACCAUAACAGCUGUAAGAAUCGGUGUGGGGAUGGUCCGUCUGGGUCUGGGUCGUGCCGCUGUGACCAGCAGUGUGAGAGGGAAGGCAGCUGCUGCUUAGACUACAAAGAAGUGUGUGAGGAGCCCCUUCAACUCUGGACGUGUACGAAAUUCCGCUGCGGUGAGAAACCGUUGGCCCAGAGCCUCUGCUCCUGCUCUGCCGAGUGUGUGAAGCGCGGCAACUGCUGUGCCAACUACAUCAGCACAUGCUCAGGAACGACCUCGUGGCAAGAGGAGGAAUGCGAGGACAUCGAGGAGCCACAGUGUCCUGCAGGGUUCUCAAGGCCCCCACUGAUCCUGGUGUCUCUAGAUGGUUUCAGGGCCAGCUACAUGAACUCCUAUGAGCGUCUAUUGCCUGUGCUCUCCAAACUGAAAAAAUGUGGCACCUCCACAUCAUACAUGAGGCCGGUCUAUCCCACGAAGACGUUCCCCAACCACUAUACCAUCGUCACCGGCCUGUACCCGGAGUCCCAUGGCAUUGUAGACAACAAGAUGUAUGAUGUGAACAGAAAUGCAGAGUUUGUCCUCAGAUCGAAGGAGAAGUUCAACCCCAAAUGGUACCUUGGAGAACCUGUCUGGCUCAGUGCAAUGAAGAAUGAUAUCAAGGCCGGAACCUUCUUCUGGCCUGGAGCGGAUGUGUCCAUUCAAGGGAAAUAUCCCACCUAUUACCAGGAGUAUGACGGGAAAAUCGCACACGAGAAGCGAGUGGCCACCAUUUUAGACUGGUUAAGAAUGCCUGAGGGAGAAAGGCCAGACUUCUACACUCUUUAUUUGGAGGAGCCAGACCAUUCUGGGCAUAUGUAUGGACCACAGAGCAGUCAGGUCAUUGAAGCUUUAAUUAAGGUGGACCGCACUGUUGGGCUGUUGAUGGAAGGACUGAAGAUGAGAAACCUUCAUAAAUGUGUGAAUGUGGUCGUCCUGUCCGACCAUGGCAUGGAGGAAGCCAGCUGCAGUAAGGCCGUCUACCUGAACUCGUACCCGGUCAACACCGGCGACUUCAGCCUCAUCAUGGGCCCGGCGGCCAGGAUCCGGCCAAAGAGACUUCCAGACGAGUUCUUUAGCUUUGACUAUGAAGGUGUAAUUGCGAAUCUUUCGUGCAGGACUCCAGACCAGCCCAUGCGGCCGUACCUGAAAGAGCACCUGCCAAAGAGGUUCCACUUUGCCAACAACAUCCGCAUUGAGCGGGCCCACCUCUACAUGAAAGAAACCCACUGGGCGGCCUUAGGCCCGUGGGACAGAAAGUAUUGCUCUGGUGGAUUCCACGGCUCAGACAACGUCUUCCAAAGCAUGCAGGCUAUAUUUAUAGGUCAUGGCCCUGGACUGAAGCAUAAGACCACUGUCCCCCCUUUUGAAAACAUUGAAGUGUACAACCUAAUGUGUGACUUGAUGGACAUAAAGCCUGCUCCCAACAAUGGGACCCACGGAAGCCUGAAUCAUCUUUUGAAGAGGCCUCGGCACGUCCCAGCCUACCCCGCAGAGAUGUCCUCUGCCUCGUCCUGCACCGCAACCACCUCCAUUCCCGCCGAUGACCUGGGAUGCACCUGUCCUUCUCUCACUGAAGCACAGGUGCAGGAUCUCAACACAGAACUCAUGCAGCAUUCAGAUCCAACAGUCAAGCCAGUUCAUCUGCCGUACGGGAUUCCCAGAGUUCUACAGGAGAAUGUGGACUACUGUGUGCUCCUCCACUCCGACUACAUCACUGGGUUCAGCAAGGACAUUCGCAUGCCUCUGUGGGUCGCUUACACACUGAAUACAGGGGACACUUUUGGAGACGCGAGCCAAGAUUGUGUGCGUGCCGACGUGCGAGUGUCCCCCAGCAUGAGCCAGAGCUGCGCCUCCUACAGAGGCGACCCCAACAUGACCUUUGGCCUCCUGCACCCCCCCAAUCUGAGUUCAAAAGACAAUGAGUGGGACUCACUACUCACCAGCAACAUGGCCCCCAUGUUCCCCGUGUUCUUAGAUGUUUGGGAGCAUUUCCACAAAAUCGUGGUCAUGAAAUACUCAAAACAGAUGAAUGGAGUCAAUGUCAUCAGUGGCCCUAUCUUUGACGUAAACUUCGACGGCAACUAUGAUGAUCAGACGAAGCAGGCACUGAAUGACGCUCCAGUGCCCACUCAUUUCUUCGUGAUCCUGACAGGCUGUAAAAACUCCUCCCUCUCCCCCCACGAAUGUGAAGGGCCGCUGGACGCGGUGGCUUUCAUCCUACCUCACAGGCCGGACAGGCAGGAGAUGUGCUCGAGCAAAAAUGACUUCCAUUGGGUGGAAGAAUGGGCCAAGCUCCAUGUGGCGAGAGUCCGAGAUGUGGAACUCCUGACGGGGCUGAGCUUUUACCACGACCAGCUAGAAAUAGACAAGACCUUACAGCUCAAGACUUCCCUGAAGACGUUCUAGAAAACCCAUCGCUGUGGACCGAGACACUCACUCUUCAGUCAUUUUUUUCAUAGUCAGGAUUUUUUUUUUAAAGGCUUUAUUGUACAUUUGACAUAUCACAAGGAAACAGCGGUGAACCAAAAUGGAGGUUUACCUGCCAGUGCGGCCAAAGAGUAGUACACACUGUCUCAUGUCCCGUAGUGAGCGAGUUGAGAUGUACAAAUGCUGGAAUGAAAAAAAGGGCUCAAAUUAACUCAUUCUGGGCGCAGCUCUCUUUCUGUUUGUGAAACAGCGAGUGAUUUUUAAUAGCAGCAUCCCUCCAAGAAACCACAGCCACUUUUGGGCAGAAUUUUUGACAGAAUUUUUUUUUUUAGUAAGGAAUCUUGGCAGCAUUUUUAACUUGAUGUCAGUAAUUUGUGUGUGAGGCCAGUCGGGAGCUGUGGAUAGCCACAGCAAGUAUAAAAAAAAUAAAAAAAUAAAUAAGUGAAUAACAAGACAAUAACAGGAAGCCAGCACACAUAUACACACACACCAUUCUGGGGCUGCUAUUUGCCCAAUGUUGUGAGAAGGCCUUUGUGUUUCAAUUUGUUUGUUUAUUUUGUCUGUUUGUUUUUGUUGUGUAUAUUUAUGAUUUGUUUGUUGAAUGGUCAAUGGAGAGGUCUAUUUUGUUUAUUUUGAUGUUUUUAUAUUUGUUAUUUUCUUGUAAUUGUGAACUUUUGUCAAAGUAUAAGUAAACUAUUUGAUAAUGGUUACCGCCUCCA